AUGGCCCGCUUAUCAGCCUGGGUAACCCUGGCGGCCCUGCUCGCUCAGCAGACUGCGGCCUCCAUUUUCAGGACUGAGGUCGAACUCCCUGCUUGCGCGAAUCAUUUCUCGCCGUUCGAAGCUACCGGAUGCUACCAAGACUAUGAUGGGAAAACACUGGACUUCCGGUCAACCGUAUCAUCGAAGGGCAUGACCACCUUCAAGUGCCAGGCCAUCUGCAAAGGCAAUGGCUAUCAAUUCUCGGGACUCAAGUACUACGGUAUCUGCUUUUGUGGAUCGAAACUUGAAGGACCCAAGCUUCCAGACUCAAACUGCACGCUUCCGUGCGAUGGGAAUCAGAAGGAGAACUGUGGUGGUACCGACAGCUUAACCGUUUAUCGGGAUCCGACGUUCCUGAAGCUCAGCGAUGCUGUUGAUGAUGACGACUACGACGACACAGGCUGCUUCACCGACGACUCGGCUGUGGGCCGUACCCUCGGCUUCCGCCAGAACAUCGAUGCUGCCAAGGUGACGCCCGCAACUUGUAUCAAGGCCUGCCUUGAUCGUGGCCUUCCGUUCGCCGGUGUUGAGUUUGGUAGCGAGUGCUGGUGUGGUGCUCUCCGCCGAAUCACUAUCUUCCGGGCCUCCGAACUACUCUCCCAGGACCCAUGCGAGAACGACAAUGAAGCACCGGCGCGCAGUACCUCUGUGACUACGACCUCUAUAACUCAGACCACCCCAAAGCCCACCGACAAGCCCACAGACAAGCCGUCAUCGACUACUAGGACGCCAACUUCGACAACUCCCAUGACAGGCACACCGACGGCUACCAGCACCAAGGUCUGCACCACAGUGGCCCCCAAGGAUGAGUGGUGUGUCGGUCAAUGGUGCAACGAGCCCCUCCCCGACUUCUCCAACGAGAAGACGUGCUUCGCCUCCUGGGCCAAGUGCCACCUCCAAACCCACGCAUGCCUGAAGUUCGCCGGAUGGCCGGCGGCCCUCGAGUGCGCCGACUACAAGAAGUGGUGCAAGGACGCCAAGCUCUUCUGCCGCAGGUCGUGCACCAGCAAGUCGAGGAACUGCUCCAAGGCCGGGCACCACGCCGAGAACCCCCCACGCGGCAGCAACAACAACAAGGACCCCGUCACCAAGACGGUGCCAUGCACCGAGGCCACGGGCACCAUGACCCCCGACACCAUCCCCGAGCCCACAAACCUCUGCGCGCAGCCCCACAACCCGGGCCGCGGGUACACGGCCGAAGACCCCGUUGGCGACAUUGACCUGCCCGUCGUCACCUGCAACAGCGACGAGGCCGACCACAAGCGCGGUAACCCGUUCAAGCAAUAUGACCACUCCAACUGGGGCCAUUGUCCCUCGUACAAGCGCGGCGACGUGUCCAAGGCCUGCAAGGAUGCCUGCAAGCAACAAUAUGAGCGAUGCCGUGGUGUCUACGCCAAGUCGCGCGACACCAGAAAGGACCGCAAGGAUGAUGAUGAUGAUGAAGAUGACAAGAAACACAAGCACAAGGGGAAGCAUGGAGACAAGGAACACGACGGCAGGAAGCACGGUGACAGGAAACACGGCGGCAAAAAGGGGAGGAAGCACGAGAGGCGCUCUACUGGCGGCGGCGGCGGGUUGAGCGCUGGCACCAUCGCUCACCCAAAGGAUGAGUACCACACCGCUCUCCGUCAGUGCAAGGACCAGUACGAGGACUGUCGCAAAGUCAACGCCGUCAUCAAGGGCGACGAUAGGUGCGCUCGCUUUGGCGGCCCAUGUCAAUUGACUUUUCAAUGCCGCGAGGAGUUAACGUGCCCUUGA